GAAGCGCAUCGCCCCUCUGCUACCACCUCCACCGCUCAGAGCUCACAACCCUCGUGCUCCUCCGGCGGCGACAGCGGUCAGCGGCGGCCGGCGGAGGUGAGCACGUGAAACUCGUCACGGCGCACAAGCCCACCACCGUCAGCCACUCCUGCGCCGUGGCGAGGCGUACGCACCCGCACAACCCCUCUCUUAUUAGGGUUCAGCUCCCGCCCGGCUCCGCUUAUUAAUUCCUGCUACCCAGUUCUGCCUCGACCCUUGUGCGUCCGAAUUCCCGGGGCCCUAGGGUUUUGCUCCCAGCUAGACGCGAGCGCCCGAUUCAUUCCUCUCCGCCGAGUUGUUUCUUCUGAAAGUCCUCGUGCACAGUAUUUCUGAAAGUCCUUUUGCAGUCUGAUUCCACCUUCCAGUUGGGUUCGGAGCUACCCUUGUCCCUAUAUCAUAUACUACACACAAUUGUGGUUUCUGCAAAAAUCGAUGGACAAAGCUUCUGUUCCCAAUGAUUCACCAGAUUGGAGCACCGAUUGUGAUUGGUCCCAGCUUCAGGCCGACAUGCUCCUCCGGAUCUUUGGCACUCUUGAGAUCCCAGAUCUCUUCAGCUCAGGUGCGGUCUGUCGAUCCUGGCACCUCAUUUAUCUAGAGGCCCGUCGUUUCCGCCUGUGCUCGCCGAAACAGAGCCCCUGCCUUGUUUACUCAUCUGGCGACCGUGAUGCUGACACGGUCACUCUGCAUAACAUGUCCACCAACAAGCUUUACCACGUCACUCCGGAGCCUGCCUUCCGCACACGCCAUGUCAUGGGCUCCUCGUACGGCUGGCUCAUCACUGCGGAUGAGCGGUCAAAUCUCAUACUAGUGAACCCUGCUACCGGAGCUCAGAUAGCUAUGCCUCCACCUGAAACCAUGAACAAUGUUAGACUGCGCUACACUGAAAAGGGUGUGCUAGAUGGAUAUGAUGUUCUUUACAUGGAUCUCUUAUCUUCGGAUUUUGACACAGAAACGGAGCCAUACCAUCUUACACUUGAAGAAGCCCGCUUCUUCUUUUAUGAGAGGGUUGUUCUUUCUUGCGACCCCUCCCAAGGAAACUGCAUGGUGCUCCGAAUACAAUUGCCCAAUAGUCAACUCUCUUAUACUAGGGUUGGGGACACCAAAUGGACUUGGAUUGGUGGAAAAGGAAACUGCUGGGAAUAUCAAGACAUUCUUUAUAACAACAAUGAUGGUUUGUUUUAUGGUGUUCGUGGUGAGGGUCAGGUAGAUUCUAUUAACCUUAAUGGAAUUUCUGCUGAAGUAAAAGUCAUUUUAAAGUCAAUCAUAUCUUACCAAGCACAUAGUAGAUAUAUUGUUCAAGCACCAUGGGGAGAUUUUUUCCAGAUAUGGAGACAUGAUAAAUAUAAUAAGGAGAAUGGGAGAACAGAAUGGGUUGCCGACAAAUUUUUUGUGUACAAGAUUGAUUUUGUUGGACAAAAGAUAAUCGAAACAAAUAACCUCCAAGAUCAUGCAAUGUUCAUUGGUUUCAACAACUCGUUCCUUCUCCCAGUGAAAGACUUUCCUGCAUUGGUUCCCAAUAGCAUCUACCACACGGAUGACUUGCUUGAUUAUAUCUACUGUCACAGAUUUAGUCUUAGGCAGGUUGUUAUUUUUAAUAUGGAAGAUGGUAGUUUCAUCGAGUUAUCGCCCCCUAGUUCAAAUUCAAGAUUGAACUGGCCACCCCCAGUUUGGAUUCAACCAUCACUUGCUUGAGGCGCCAGUGUUUACACCUGAAGGUUUCCUUUUUCAAGAUUCUUUUGUUAGAGAGUUGUGGGGAAAAUUGGAAAGCAAAGUUAUCUUGAGAAGGUGCAUCCCUCCGUCAUCACGAACUUAUACAGUUCACAUAACAAGAUUACUGCCUCUGCUGCGUCCAUUGUUUUAGUUGGUUCAAGUCAGGAACUUGGGAUAUCAGUAACUGUUCAACAAGUCUACCCUGAUACCAUCCAUACUGAUGAAUGUCUCUACUUUGAUAGUUUGACCACUAUGCUCAUGAAACAACAAGUUCACUGUUUCGGCAAAGGUUUAUUGAUGUUGAAUGGCUUGCCUAUGUUGAUGAUGUUGUGACUGUAUAAAAUGGAAGAAAAUUGCACAUUUUUACUGAAUGUUAA